ACCUUGGCUCUAAAUUCCCCAUCCUGUCAAUCACUUAUACGUGAAGCAAGAAGCUACUAGGGUUUCACAGCCAUGGCUUCAAAAAGAACAGCCUUUCUAGUCCUAUUUUUUGCAAUCAACAUUCUCUUCUUUUCCCUGGUCAGUGCCUGUGGUUCAUGUCCUUCCCCCAAGCCUAAGCCUAAGCCUAAUCCAAAUCCAAAUCCAAAUCCAAAACCCGGCAAGUGCCCGAGAGAUGCCCUUAAACUAGGUGUAUGCGCUAAAGUGCUGGAUGGUUUGCUCAACGUCACCCUUGGUACCCCUCCCGUUGAGCCAUGCUGCUCCCUGAUCCAAGGUCUCGUUGAUCUCGAGGCUGCCGUUUGCCUUUGCAUCGCAAUCAAAGCUAACAUUUUAGGCAUCAACCUUAAUGUCCCACUUUCCCUCAGCUUGCUUCUCAACGUCUGCUCAAAGGAAGUUCCCCCUGGUUUCCAAUGUCGUUAAAUCAGUUUUCUUCUUCUAGUUCUUACUGUUGUGUGGCUUUUGAUGUUCUAAUAUCAUCCAGUAUGCAGUGAUCAAUGUUGUAUUGUUGUGCUUUGUAGGCUUGUUUCCUUUCGGAUUGAUACCGAAUAAAUGUAAUACUAUAAAAUAAAAGUGUGUAAUUUCUAUGGAUCUAUGGCAAAUGAAACAGUAUAAAAAAAGGUGUGUAAUUUGUAUGGUAACUGGUCUUUUAUUUCUUUUGUA